UGGUUUCCGGUGUGUCUGAUGUGGGAAGAAUUUGUGAAUUUGCCGCUCGGUUGUUGUAGUUGUUUCUAAAGCACAGUGGAAGAAACGAGCCGCGAGUUGUCUUCGUUUGAACCCGGGAGUGAACGAGCUGCUCGGUACGUUUUUAACGCCCAGAGAAGAAGACGACGAAGAAGAAGAAGAAGAAGAGGAGGGAAAUAUCCGGGUUGUUAGCUAACGUCUGCUCAGGUGUCAAGUGUCCGCGACACCAGCGGCUGUAAACAACCACACGUUGGGGGAGUUUUAUUCCCAUACCUUGGUUAUUCUCUUAUAAACAAAACGUCAACAACAAACUGUCACCGGCCGUUGGUUGUGCUGUUUCCCUGCAGCUGCAUCGUGCGCUUCGCUAGUUAGCCACAUUAGCAUACGAGCUAGCUACGCGCCGGUUCGCCUCCCCUCGUCGAGGUUUUGGGGUUUUUCCUUUUUUUUCCCGGUUCGACUUCGGUUCUUUCGCCGGUUCUCCUUCAGAUGUGACUCAGGCAACCCCCCCACCCCCACCCCCCCGGUCGACCAUGAGCAACAGUCACCCUCUGCGGCCGCUGGCCUCCGUGUCGGAGAUCGACCACAUCCACCUGCUGUCGGAGCAGCUCGGCGCGCUGGUGCUCGGCGAGGAGUACAGCGACGUCACCUUCGUGGUGGAGGGCAAGCGCUUCCCGGCGCACCGGGUCAUCCUGGCGGCGCGCUGCCACUACUUCAGGGCCCUGCUGUAUGGUGGGAUGAAAGAGUCCCAGCCCCAGGCGGAGGUGUCUCUGGAGGAGACGCGGGCCGAAGCCUUCUCGAUGCUGCUACACUACCUGUACACGGGACGCGCCAGCCUCAGCUCCGCCCGGGAGGAGGUGGUGCUGGACUUCCUGGGCCUGGCGCACCGCUAUGGCCUGCAGCCGCUGGAGGACUCCACCUCCGAGUUCCUGCGCACCGUCCUGCACACCAACAACGUCUGCCUGGUGUUUGACGUGGCCAGCCUCUAUUCCCUGAGCACGCUCAGCACCGCCUGCUGUGCCUACAUGGACCGGCACGCGCCGGAUGUGUUGAACUCUGACGGCUUCCUCAUGCUCUCGAAGACCGCUCUCCUGACCGUGGUCAGCCGUAACUCGUUUGCCGCCAGUGAGAAGGAGAUCUUCCUGGCCCUGUCCCGUUGGUGUCGGCAGCACGUGGACGGCGCUGACACGCACGAGGUGAUGUCGGCGGUGCGGCUGCCGCUCAUGACCCUGACGGAGAUGCUGAACGUGGUGCGACCGUCCGGCCUUCUGAGCCCGGACGACCUGCUGGACGCCAUCAAGAUCCGCUCCGAGAGCCGCAACAUGGACCUGAGCUAUCGGGGAAUGCUCAUUCCAGAGGAGAACAUCGCCACCAUGAAGUACGGUGCUCAGGUGGUGAAAGGGGAGCUGAAGUCGGCGCUGCUGGACGGGGACACGCAGAACUACGACCUGGACCACGGCUUCUCCAGACACCCCAUCGAAGAGGACGGCCGGGCCGGUAUCCAGAUCAAACUGGGCCAGUCGUUCAUCAUCAACCACGUUCGCCUGCUGCUGUGGGACAGGGACAGUCGGUCGUACUCCUACUACAUCGAGGUGUCGAUGGACGAGCUGGACUGGGUGCGUGUUGUGGACCAUUCCAAGUUCCUCUGCCGUUCUUGGCAGAAUCUGUACUUCACUCCGCAGGUUUGCAGGUACGUUCGCAUCGUGGGAACCCACAACACGGUCAACAAGGUCUUCCACCUCGUGGCUUUCGAAUGCAUGUUCACCAACCGCCAGUUCACCCUGGAUGACGGACUUGUGGUGCCCGACGAGAACGUGGCAACCAUCGCAACCUGUGCCAGUGUCGUCGAGGGCGUGAGCCGCAGCAGGAACGCCUUGCUCAACGGCGACACGCGCAACUACGACUGGGACUCCGGCUACACCUGCCAUCAGCUGGGCUCCGGAGCCAUCGUCAUUCAGCUGGCUCAGCCCUACUCCAUCGGGUCCUUACGGCUGCUGCUCUGGGACUGUGACGAGCGGUCCUACAGCUACUACGUUGAGGCCUCCACCAACCAGCAGACGUGGACGAAGGUGGUCGACCGCACCAGGGCGGCGUGUCGAUCGUGGCAAACCUUGACAUUUGACAAGCAGCCUGCGUCCUUCAUCCGUAUCGUCGGGACUCACAACACUGCUAACGAGGUGUUCCACUGCGUUCACUUCGAGUGUCCGGCCCAGCUCGACACAGAGGUCAACGAGGGCAGCCCCGGCCUGAACUCGUCUGAUCCGGGCGCCGUCUCCUCCUCCCAGCAGCCGCGUCCCCACCGAUCCUCGCGCACACACGGCCUGCUGCCUUCCCAGCCCUCCUCCGCCUCGUCGUCGUCGUCCUCGCAGUCCCCCCAUUGAAGAGCCACACCUCGCCGCCGCCCCGUUGGAAGGUGUUGAGAGAGGGGGAAAAGGGCGCGGGGGGUGACCUCAGAAUGCCAUUAUUUUUGCACAGCCUUCAUCACCCAGACUGCACUGCUUCAACGCUGCUAAAAGGCGCUCGUCUCAUCGUCACAAGUCCUCCUGUCUUUGAUUGCAAUGUUAGACACUGGUGUGUAUCUGUAGCAGGAGGCAUUCAUGGCUCUAGUCUUCCCAGUUUUGAAACUGAAAAGUUUAGAUAUCACAUCGUGCAUUUUUUUUUUUUGUGACGGUACUUUUCUAAGCUACUAAAACUAAAAAACCCGGAAGUUUUAUCCGCUCAAAUUAACAUGUAUAAUCUUGACUCCUCCAAAGAUGAGGCACGCACACUGAAACGUGGUUGUACUGAAUCGCCAAAGAACGGUAUGACCAGGAGGGGGGGUCUGGUUGCUAUCUGAAUAUUAGGAGUUAAUAUUUCCCCCCAAAAAAAUACAUAAAUAGAUGGAUUUUAUCAGUAAAACGAUUUAUUUUUUUAAAAGAAACUUAAAAAUGACUCUUCACUUUUCAUACCAUCACGCUAAGCGGGAGUAAGACGUCAAAGUAUUUUUCAAACUUUGGAAUUAAAUUCUCGAAAAAGUGGGGAGGUUGCCAAAGCUGUGGAGCGAAUUGCUCUCUGUGGCGUUUGUAUGCGAAAUAGCACUUAAUACAAUUAUGUUGUUUGAAUAUUAAGUAAUUGCUGUUUCUUGACGGGCUUUCACACCUGAAACCAAAUUCACUGGUCCUGGAAAAACCUCACGAAAACUACACCUAGAUAAGUUAAAAAAAUAAAUAAAAUGAAAAGUAAGGAAGUAGCCUAGCACACAUGAUUGGGGAGAUCAAAUUUGGUUUGUCGGGACAUUGUGGCCCAGUGGCCUCGGACCAAACGAUGUAGUUACAUGCACUAGAGCUGGUUUGUAGUAACAGUAGACACACGGAGCAGCUGCCACUGGCACUUUAUUUUUACUCAAGUAUACAGAAAUAAAGGUUUUUGCAGCUCGGGUCGUCUGACUGAAGUACAGUACUGGAGUGCUGGAUUUGUUAUCUUUCUGUUUUUUUCAUGUUAAAAAAAGGUUAAUUUAAACACUUCCCGUGGCUCUUUGGGCCCAUCAGGGGGUGUGUGUGUGUGUGUGUGUGUGUGUGUGUGUGUGUGUGUGUGUGUGUGUGUGUGUGUGUGUGUGUGUGUGUGUGUGUGUGUGUGUGUGUGUGUGUGUGUGUGUGUGUGUGUGUGUGUGUGUGUGUGUGUGUGUGUGUGUGUGUGUGUGUGUGUGUGUGUGUGUGUGUGUGUGUUUUAAAUGAAGCUAUCGGGGCUGUGGUUACUUGUUUUCGUUUCAUUCGUGUCCCAAUGUUGCACUUUUGAGUUGUCUUUGGAAAAAAAAAACCCCCACAAAAACAAAACCCCUCCUGUAUCUGAAAACCUUUUUGUUUGAUGUUAAACUAUCUGGAAUACAUAACUAGCGUGGGUGACACACUGAUGUGUUCUACAAACCCUAGUUUAGUUGAAUAACUGUGUAUUUUUUUUUUUUUUAGAAAGGGUUGAAUGAAGUAUUUCUCUAAUAAAUAACCAGCGAUCUGAAAUAGGGCUUUUUGUUUAGGUGACACUGUAAUGUAGAGUACACACUCCCCCCACCCCAUCUGACUUUUUGUGUAUAGUUUUACCCUAAUAUAUAUAUAGUUAUAUAUAUGUUUGUGUUUGUUUUGACCAUUGAUGUGUGAUAUGCAUUUCACUGCCUCUCGUUCAAUACCAUUGCCUGUCUCGAAAAAUGUGAUUGUAGAAACUUGACAUUAGUUUAUUAAGGUUCGUUGCUGUGAGUGGGUAGGUCACGUGGGUCGUCUGCUUUGCCCCGAAAAUCGCUGCUGUUUUAAUGCUAAAAAAACACAGUGACGGGUCUUUGAUAAUGAGCAAUACAGUGAUCUGCAUCUUCUGUUCGGUGUCCAGAGCUUCUGUUACGGACCCCGCACGGUGGCGGUGUUUCGAUCGGUCCAACGUGUUCGCUCAUUACGCUCAAGGUUUUUUUUGUUGUCAUGAAACAUUUAAAAUCUUCCAACAGCG